GGGAUUCAUGGACUGCUCGAACAUACGAAAAACUGACAACGGUAUGAAAACGUGCGAAUAAUUUGAGAGAAGCAGUGACUGAAUGAUGUAACCAGACACCAGUAUAGAUACUUCGCAUUUCCGAUCUCAGAACACAACAGUGAGCAUCAUUCGCCCUUCAGAGAGAUCACGAGUGUUCUUCUCCGAGGACCUGAAAGGAAGGGAGUUUCAAAACGGUUUUCACUCGGAAUACAUUCAGAAAGAGUGAGAGUUGCAGGGCACAGUUUGAAACAUGGCCAACAAUGGAAAUGUUUCGUAUAGACACCAGCGGGCUGUUGGACCAGCGACGGUUCUUGCCAUCGGCAAGGCCACUCCUCCAACUGCGUAUCCUCAGAGCGAAUACCCGGAUUUCUUCUUUGAUGUCACCAACACCAGUCACAAGACUGACCUCAAGGCCAAGUUCGCUCGAAUUUGUAAGAAUUCAGGAAUCAACAAAAGGUAUUUCCAUUGUACAGAGGAGAUUUUGAAGGCCAAUCCUUCAAUGUGCACGUACAAGGAUCCCUCACUUGAUGUUCGACAGGACAUAGCAAUCAGGGAGGUGCCCAGACUGGCAGAGAAAGCGGCUGUGGAGGCGUUGGCAGAAUGGGGCCAACCCAGAGAUCAGAUCACCCACGUGGUGUUCGCAACCACGAGCGGAGUUAACAUGCCCGGAGCCGAUCUCACUCUCACCAGGCUGUUGGGCUUGAACCCCAACGUGAACCGAACCAUGCUCUACCAACAAGGGUGCUUUGGAGGAGCCACCGUUCUACGAGUGGCUAAAGAUCUCGCUGAGAACAACAAAGGGGCUCGAGUUCUCACUGUCGUGAGUGAGCUCACGUGUGUAACUUUCCGUGCACCCAACGAAGAGCACCUGGACAAUCUGGUAGGCUCUGCCAUCUUCGGUGAUGGAGCUUCGGUCCUCAUCAUUGGAUCAGAUCCCGUACCCGAGGUAGAGAAGCCCCAGUUCGAAAUUCACUGGUCCGGAGAGACGAUUCUGCCCGAAAGCGACGGUGCGAUUGAGGGAAGGCUGACUGAAGCGGGACUGAUCUUCCACCUGCUGAAGGAUGUUCCCGGUCUGAUUUCAAGAAAUACCCUCCCUAUCUUCAACAAGGCGAUCGAGGUGGCAGGAUCUCCAAGCUGGAACGAUCUUUUCUGGUGUGUGCACCCAGGAGGUCGAGCCAUUCUGGACGAAGUGGCGAAAACUCUGUGCUUGAAGCCAGAGAAGAUGGAAGCCACGAGAGAGAUUCUAUACAAUUACGGGAACAUGUCAGGUGCUAGUGUGCUGUUCGUACUGGAUCAAAUGCGCAGGCGGUCGGUCGAGAAGAAAAGCAGUACCACCGGAGAAGGAUGCGAGUGGGGACUCGUCGUGGGAUUUGGACCUGGCCUGACAGUAGAAGUAUCGGUCCUGAAGGCAAUUGCCACCGGUCAUUGAUCACUCGGUGGAUGUUAUUUGAGAUUCUGAGGUAGGUUUUAAUAUCGGUCAAAAUUUGGUAUUCAUGGCUAGAUCUCUUCUUCCAAUCCUCAUUGAAGACCUAAUCCAAUUCCGGGUAAUCAUUAAGCUCGGGACGAAUACUUUUCUUAUUCUUAGUCAUGCACAGUAAGACGAUGGCCUCAUGGCAGUGGAAAUUUUAUUUUUUGGUCAAAAAACCAAUCUGGUGACGACAUGUACUAUACAAAUGUGAAUAAUGUACGACAACAUAAUGAAAGUCUUAUUUCGGAAGCAAUUUUCAUAGCCGCCUGACCAUCAUCGG